AUGGAGGGCGCAGCUUUAGACAAAGCGUAUCAUGCGAUGAAGUCCGCAGACACCGCCACAAUGAGCGGAGAUUAUACCAAAGCUGCUGGUCUACAUGAGGAGGCCGCGAAAUUUUUUGACAGUGCCGCGGAGGAGUCGCCCUCUAAUCCUGCCACUAGAGUCUUGGUAGAUAUGGCCGAACAACAGCGACGCAGAGCGAAAUAUUUAGCAAGCGGUAAAGCCAAACAAGAUGCGAAGAAAGUUGCAGCAGCAGUCGCGGCAAUUGUGCCAAGUCAGAGCCAGAUCACCAGCCAGAUCACCAGCCAGCUUGCUGCGGCAAGAGUCCCCGCGGCUCAAUUGAGUAUGCCGGGAGGGCUACCUUCUGUUUCCUCCACUCCUUCUUCGCAAACAACAGCAUUCUCGUCUGUCGCAAGCCUCCUGCCAUCGGUAGAAGAUGCGUUUAGCGAUUUGCAGUCCAAAGCUGCCGCCGCUUAUUCCCGUGCGUUCGAUCAGGCACUUUUGGCAGCUAGAGGCACAGAUCCCUCAGAAAGCUUUUACCUUGUCGGUACUCAAACAGGUCGUCCUACCGACCACGAUAUCCGGUCAAUUGAUUUGGGAGCACGAGUACAUGCUCUUGAAGCCGCCAAUCGAGCCCAGCAACAAGCGUUCAAAAGUGGCAUCCAACGGCUCCAGCGAGAGCUAGCACUACGCGAGCAGAGACUCAUCGAUGAACAUACAGAGGAAACGGACCGUUUGAGAGCCGAAAACGACCGGCUCAAUGUCCAAAUUAUCAAACUCAAAAGCCGGUGGGACGACCUGAAAGAGAGCGCUAAAAAGAGAUCAUCUGCUAAAACUUAA